AUGAUAGACUCCUUCACAGAUUACAGUAUUUUGGAUUGUGUGGAAGAAUGUCUGAGGAGAAAGAGAUGUAAAUCUAUAAGUUAUUAUCAAGGAGCACAUUAUUGUGAAACUAACUAUGAGAACAGAAGGGGAGCAUCAUCAAUGUAUAUACAAGAUUCUGGUUGGAUCUACAGUGACAUAGAGGAUUGGGACAAAGAAAUAAUUGGAGCUUGUUCAAAUGCAAACUGCAGAGAAAACGAGAAAUGCAAUCAUCUUUCAUUGGGAGAGUUUAAGUGUGUUUUGUCAGACUGUGGAGUUCCUAGAAGUGAGAAUAUAAGCUUUGAUGCCGUAGAAAGAUGGGAUGGAAUUGGAAUAUAUAGACGAAUACAUCUUAAAUGUGCUGAGAACUACAGACAAACUGGAUCACAACAGUUUAUCUGCCAAUCGAACGGAAAAUGGAAGACUGAUUUAAACUGUGAAAGCGCCUGUCCUAAAGAUUGGGAUGAAUUUGACGGCCAUUGUUAUUUUUAUGGUGAAGAAAACCUUUCAUGGCAUGAUGCCAAGAGAAAAUGUGAAAGUGAAGAAGCUGGAGCUUAUUUAGUAGAAGUGAAAGAUAAAAGAGAAAAUGAAUAUCUUGUCGAGACUUUCCAUAAUACUUUUGAAAAAAGUGAGUGA